AUGGUCAUGAGCUUUGUACAUGGCUGCCCUGCGGAUUUAACAUGGUUUGAACCAUCGGGACUCGACACUUUGGAAGAGUGGCGAGUUAAGAUCUUGGAGAGCCUUGCGGGGGCAAUGUCACAGCUUCAAGAGCUCGAAUUCAACCACGGGGCCUUGUUAUCGCUUGGAUUAUGGGACCUUUGGAACAAAGGAUUAUGGAGGGUCCUUAAGGUCGAAGAGUUCGGAUCCUUUACCUCCUCGCAAGCGUAUCUCCAGUAUUGCUUAGCAUCCCGCCCAGAUGGAGAGAUCUAUCGCAACCCUAGUAUCAACGCAGGCGCUCAAAAGAUCCUAGAUAUGGCAAUUUCGUGCCUGCCACACUUUACAACUGACGAAUCCGCCGAUGCGACGUUCGUCGUCGGCCUCCCAGAUUUCAAUUGGCAAAACAUUAUGACCGACGAUGCCGGAAAUGUUACUAGCAUAGUGGACUGGGACAACGUCCAAACCAAGACUGGACGUCUUUGGUACUCGACUAUUCCUCGAUGGAUCGCUACGGACUGGAAUCCGGCCUUGUACCGCCUUAGCACCUACCCGCUCUUGGAGCACUCUCUCGAGCGACUAGGUCACUACCAGGAAUUUUAUCGCAGGAAAAUGGAGGAGGUUUUACAAACGGUGGACUCAAAAGUUUUCACGGAAAUUGCAGAUCUUCGGUGCCGUUUUUCUCGGGGCUACGGAUUCCAUCACCCGUGUCCAUAG